GUGCUUCUGCGCCUGAUUCCUCUCCCCCGGGGACCCUGCCGUGCCGGAGGGUGCCGGAGCUGUUUGCCGCCGGCUCGUUUAUCACACAGCGUCUGCCACCUUUCCACUCAGCACAGCCGGCUUUGAGGAAACUGCUCGAUGCUCCUGCUGCGCAGCGGCUGUGGAGUGUUUUUCGCGGUGGGCACAGCUCAGCCCUCGGGGAGUGGCAUUUCCCCUUGGCAGCUCCCUACAGAAGGAUCCUUGGCGCUUCUUUGAAACCUCCCCGAGGGCAUCUGGUGAAAAUUUUCACGGCCACUUUUUCACUAGGGAAAAAGAUCUCCAGCACGUUCGUAUCGGAAUGGUCCAAGUCCAGAUGUUUUUUUGGGGGGUGGUCUCUGUCCGUCCGAACAACUGAGGGGGCUUGGAUCAACAGAUGCGGCCCUGAUGUUUGAGAAGUCUUCUUGGGCGUGUUGAGCAACCCGUCCUACCAAAGGCACGGAAUUCCAACUUGCGAGGUGUUGGACGUUUUCCUCAGCAAAUCGGAGCUGAAUCGACGAACGAGAGCAUCAAAGCUGUAGGGAUUGGAUGCACCUUGCAAACUCUGAAUUUACUGUUCUUGCAAGUGACAGGUCAAAAGACCCAUACGUUUUGUACGACCGUGGACUUGUUUUUUUGAAAAAUCGCUGGACUACUUGGGCCUCAUUCCCAACCUCCGAGGAUAUUUCUGUUCUCCCACUCUGCUUUUAACGCACUUUUGUUUCUCGUCUUGGUGCAAACUUUACGUUUUGUCAGUCCUUCCUGGAGAGCUGUCUGGGUCUCAACAGAUCUUAAUCUGCUAAGGAGAUCUGACGCGGCAAACUGCACGCUUGUCAAAAACUGCGGUGCAUUUUUUAAAAUUCUGCGAUUUGGUGGGACAAUGUCGAGGGAAUGAGUGAAAGUAAAGCAACCGUGGAUUCGGGACAGAAGGGGAGAGUUUGGAUUCCUUAAUAGCAGGAAAGUGGAUGAGAAUAUAAUUCUAAAAGGAGGACGAAGGAAUAGUUUUCGGAGCUGUCCGAUCCUAGAGGAACGCAGUGAGUGGAUUCCCGUGUGGCAAACCGCCAGUAAGAACAGAACCCCGGCUGAAUUUAAUUCCAAAUGCUAUUUCCACUUUGGUGAUUUGUUGAUUUGGAGAAGCAGUGGCCGUACUCGAUGGAUGGCCCACAGCUUAUUAGUAAGAAAAAGAAAAUAAUUACCAGAGGAGAGACAUUCUUUAUAAACCCAAGUUUGUUCAGAACUGGUUUCCACUGGCCAAAAGGAGGAAACGCCAGAACUGUCCCUCAGAACGUUAGUUUCUAAAACUUUGGGGGAAUCGAAACCUCUGAACCGGUUUCUGGCAGCAAAACCACCAUCCAGUCCUCUUGGCAAACGGGAACCAUGAUUAAACUGAGCCGAAAGGCCCGCUCCAUGCUUGCCUUGGGCCUCAAUUCUCUCGCGCUCUGCUUUUCGGUGUCGGCCUUCUGCACCAGCUACUGGUGCGAGGGGACCCACAAAGUUGUGAAGCCCCCCUGCCUCUCGGCAGUCAAGAAAGGGAACUGCGUGCCCAUCAACAGCAACGAGACGAUGGACGGGAACGUGACCAUGGACCCGCACGUCGUCCAGUACAUCUGGGAGACCGGAGAAGACAAGUUCUCUUUUCGAUAUUUCCACACGGGCUUCUGGCUGUCCUGUGAGGAACAUCACGGAGAAGAGAAGUGCCGGAGCUUCACUGAUCUGCCCCCGGAGUCGGAAAAAGGUGUCCUGUGGUUGUCGGUGGCUUCGGAAUUCCUCUACAUCAUCUUGCUGAGCGUGGGGUUCUUGCUGAUGUGCUUGGAUGCCAUUUAUUACGCCAACUUCAUCGACGGACUCAAGAUCAAUGCUUUUGCUGCCGUGAUUACUGUUCUCUCAGGGCUCCUGGGCAUGGUUGCCCAUAUGAUGUACAUGACCGUCUUUCAGGUGGCAGUAAACCUGGGACCAAAAGACUGGAGGCCCCAGACGUGGUAUUACGGGUGGUCAUUUGGCAUGGCCUGGCUCUCCUUCACGCUCUGCAUGUCUUCCUCCGUGCUGACACUCAACACCUACACCAAGACCAUCCUGGAGUUCAAAUACCGCCGGCGGAUUUACGAGAAGCACACGUCGGCGGGGAGCUGCGGAGGCCCCGGCUCGCCCGCCCUGGCGCCUGACCUCGAACGCUUCCUGUGGGACAAAUAUAUCUUCAGCGUCAGCGACUCUUUAGACUUCUCCCCCAGCCCGCCGGGCCCGAUGGCUCCCAGCGGGGGACGCAAAUCCUACGUGGGGGGCUAUGCUGGGCUCGCUGGGGGGCACAGCGGGGACGCCGGGGACGAGGACGACGGCGAACCGUGCUAGAGAGACGCCCAGCCGCUUUCGCCGCCCUGCGUGACUACGGCCCCUUCCGCACGUGUCAGAACAAUGCACUUUCAAUCCCCUCCCGCAAUUGUCUGAAAGCGGAUUUGGCUCUUCCGCACAGUAAAAUCCAGCUGCAAAGUGCGCUGAAAGUGGAUUGAAAGUGCAUUAUUCCGCACGUGCGGAAGGGGGCUAUUCCUGACAUUGCUUCACUCAUCCUGCUAUAACCAUCCGCCUCCACCGACAGUAGCUCAUUGUCAGCCAGAGGCCAUCGCAAUCGCAAAGAAAGCAAAGCAUAAGUCAUGGAGUCCCAUGGAUACUUUAAGAUAAUAUUUGUAACGCCUCCACCAAAGCAGUCCUCUUCUCUGCUCCAUUUAGGCAGCGUAGGGCUGUUUUAGAACCAAGAGCAAAGUUGGUUCUGUGAGGGUGACGAGCAGCUCAGUGGACUUCAAGCGGGAUAAGAUUGCAAGUUUGAGACCUAUGUCAAAGAGCCGACCCUGACCCUUCAAACUGCAGUGAAGUCGGGGGCAACAAUCUUUUUGAGGAGCUAAGAACACAGCAUGUCAGUUGCAUGUGCAAUCCGAGUGUCCCCCAGCCCUUUAUUUAUUCACUUCAUUUGCACCCAGCCUUUCCCCCUAAAGUGGUUCUCCUUUCCUCCAUUUUAUCCUCUCAACAACCCUGCGAGGUAGACUAGACAGAGAGUACAUGACUGGUCCAAGGUCGCCCAGGGAGCUCCCAUGGCGAAGUGGGGAUUCAAACCUGUUGCCAUUUAUGCACUUGCAGUCUGUCCUGCAGUGAGUGUACAUUCCCUUCGGAUCAGAUUCUGGGUGGUUCACAUGUUUUCCCCCCUUCCAAACUCACUGUGUUGCAGCUCAGAUAAUCCCCAUGGUUUCUGAAACCUGGCAAAAUGAGACUU